AUGAAUGAGAGUAACCAUGAUAUGGUCAAUACUAUUACCCAACAAAUGGGUACUAUAUUUAACCCAUUGAUUCAAAAUACGAAUCAGAGUUACCAACAAUUGGCAACUCAAAUUAAUCGAAUUGUUGAUUUCUUUGGUGCUCCACCAGCGCAAGUUCGACCUGUAGUGCAACUCCAAGUCGUUAGGCAAGUUCGAAAUGAAAGGGUGGCCUUGGAGGAAAACAUGAUAAAUCAGGGGCAACAAUUUAUGCCCCAGGUAGUCGAACAAGAGAUGCCUAGGGAAGUUGAGUGUCCACCUGUCAUAAUGGUUAAUCAAAACCAUGACGCUGAUCAAGUUGUUCAUCAAGUUCAACAAGGAAAUAUUUUGGGAGAAAAUAACCUUGCAACCAUUGUUGAACGGGUAAUGGAUCAAAAUGGUGUGAACAUGAGCCUGCAAAGGCCAAAUUAUACAUACCCGCUAUCAGAAUAUAUGUUACAAACUGAACUUCCAAGGGGAUGA